AUGAGUAAAUUCAACCGAACGAAAAACACUCCAAGUCGAGAGGAAUAUGGCGAGACAACGAGUCUUCUUUCUGCUCAGUAUAGCAGUAGUAGCUCGGGUGGAAGUGUUAGAUCUAAUAAAUAUGAUGGUUUAGAUCAGGAUCAUCAUGGUUUUGCUGCGGAGGAUGAUGCUACCUCAUCUCCGAAUUUUUCUUCUCCAAUGCAGCAAGCUUCAAUUAACCAUGAUCCUCACGAACAAUUACUUUCGGAUUCUAAGGAAUUAAAGUCAACAAAAAAAAGUGGAAUAUUUACUCGACUAUUUUCGAGAAAUGUAAAUGAUGUAAAAAAAGAAAAUUAUUUUGAAGAGAAAGAAGAAAGAGAGGCGACUAAACAAGUAAUAACGCAGGUCUCAUUACAGGAAAAGGUUCAUGGCCUGAUUAUUGAUCUUUCAUAUGCACUGGGUAUUUUUGGUGUACCCUCACAUCGAUUAGAAAUGCAUUUAAAAACUUUGCUAGGAUACUUUCCGUAUGAAAAGUGUCAAUUUAGAUACUCUCCAACUAGUCUUUGGUUUUGUUUUACCCCCAAUUUUAAAAACACAGAAUACAAUGAGCAGGAUGGAAUCAUUUCGCAUGACAGAGAAGAAUAUUUAUCUCAAUCAAAAUUUUAUGUGGUGAAGCUAGAUGAGUAUGACUUGGAAGACAUGGAUCUGAUAAAGUUGUGUGAAUUAGAUCAACUGGCAAGUGAGAUACCAGGUUUAAUUGAAAUGACAGACAAUAGUCCUGAGGCUCUUGUCACUCUUAUUGAUGAUUUAAGAGACAAAAUAAGAACCAUUAUUUCGAGGUAUUCACUUUGGAAAACGUCAAUACAGCUCUACAUUGCGAAUGUCAUUUCUUCCAGCGCGUGGGUUUUAUAUUAUGAUGGUUCUUGGAUGGAAGUACUAUGUGGAUUUAUAGUGGGUCUCGCAACAGGAGUUUUCACAGUCAUAUCCGAAAAAUAUCCAUCCUUCAAUAGAGUUAAUCCAUUUGUCUCGGCAAUUGUUGCAGGAACAGUUGCAUCUCUCAUGAAGGUUAUAUUUUCUAAAUUAAUGAGCGACGAAGAUAGAGGAAAAUAUCCGUUUUCUGUAUUUCUUGUCACAUUAUGUGCAUUAUUCGGCUUACUUCCACACGUGAGUUUUACCAAUGGAAUUUCAGAAUUGGCAACUAAAAAUUUAGUCUCAGGAAGUACAAGAGUUUUCUAUGCAUUUGUGUUAAUUUUACAGAUGGGAUUUGGUAUUGUCGUGGCGGAUAAAAUAAGUUAUUUAUUCAACAUUUCAAUGCUUCAAGAAAAGUAUUUUAAAGAUGGAGCUGAUGGAAGAGAGGAGUUACCCUUGUGGCUAGGAUGUGUUUGUUUGCCCUCCAUAAUUUUAGGAAAUUAUUUAGAUUACAAAUUACCAAUAGUAUUUAGAAAUCCCAAUGCAGAACAGCAUCUGUAUAACGAAACCGAUCGAUUUCGAACCUUAUCAGGAUUUUAUCACUUUGUGGUUAGAAAAAUUCUUAGCAUUCACUUGCCAACAUUUGCAUUUAUAGUAUUCGCUUCCUAUGCUGUUUAUAUAGUCACAACAGUGUCUGAUGACUAUGUUGGCGAGGAAAUGUCAUGCUUACUGGGAGCAUUUUUCGGUGGAAUUAUUGCGAAUAUUUACGCAUAUAUUUCGAAUAGACCAGAAUUAGUUGUCUCUAUCAAUGUCCUGGACUUGUUGGUUCCAAGUACCUAUGGUGUCACUGGAAUUGCAAAGUUUUAUAAUAGAGGCCAAGAUGAUGAAUUGCAGUCAGGUGUGAAAUUUAUUGCAGACUUGUUGGUUAUUCAUCUUUCUCUAUCAAUUGGAUUGCUACUAGCAGAUCUUGUUUCUCCAAAACAGAAAUCAAAAAAUGGAGCAUUCACAAUCGUCUAG